UUGAACGAAUGACAAACAAGAUUUUUAUAUAUCGGUAUAAAUUUAAACUUUUUUCCAAAACAACAUUUAUAUUCAGUUUAAUCAUUGUCAUCAAAUGUAAAAAGCAUUUUUUUCGAUAUAUUUUUCAAAUAUUUUCUUUAACAAAAAAAAAUGUCCGAACCAAUUAAAUGUCGUGCUGCAAUUCUAUAUGAAGAAGGUAAACCCAUGGUUAUUGAAGAGGUCAUCAUACCUGUACCUGAUGAUGAUCAAGUUCGAAUCAAAAUGAUUUCGGCUGGUAUCUGUGCCAGUGAUGGUCAUUAUGUUUGGGGACAGCAAAAAAUGAGUGAUCUUUUCCAUAAAUUACCAACAGUUUUGGGUCAUGAAGGUGCUGGUAUUGUUGAAUCGGUUGGCCGAAAUGUAACCGAUUUAAAACCCGGUGAUCAUGUGUUGACUACAUUCGUACCAAAUUGUCAAAAAUGUAUCCAAUGUGACAUACCUAAUAAUAAUAUGUGUUCAAAUUUUGCCUUUAAUGUUACUGGAUGUCGACCGACAAGAAAAUUGGCUAAAAAUGGUGAUAAUAUCUAUGGUGCUACCGGAACUGGUACAUAUAGCGAAUACAUUACAGUUUAUCGACCUCAAGUUAUCAAGAUCAAACAAACAGAUAAUCUUGCUAAUCUUUGUGUUGUUAGCUGUGCUGCUGCAACUGGUUUCUAUUCUGCCGUUUACCGAGCAGAUAUUUUACCUGAAUCCACCUGUGGUAUUUGGGGUGUCGGUGGUAUUGGUUUGAAUACGCUGCAAGGAUGUAAAUAUAAUAAAGCCAAGAAUAUCAUUGCAAUCGAUAUUAAUCCUGAUAAACGUGAUAUUGCAAUGCAAUUUGGUGCCACUGAAUUUAUUAACCCAAAAGAAUUGGAUAAACCAUUGGAACAAUAUCUAAUGGAAAAAUAUGGUGGUCUUAAUUAUGCAUUUGAUUGUUUUGGUAGCCAAGUGAUUGUUGAUCAGGCUGUCAAUUCAUUAGCAAUGUCUGGUACAUUCAUCAUGGUUGGAGUGACAGGAGCUGAAGUCACAUUAAAAUAUCCAGUCAUUAUGCUGUUGUUUGGCCGUACAAUCACGGGUUGUCAACUUGGCGCUAAAAAAGCUUAUCUUGCCUAUCCUGAAAUGGUUGAUUUGUAUUUGGAUAAAAAAAUCAAAAUUGAUGAAUUGAUAACGAACAAAUUUAAAUUGGAUCAAAUCAAUGAUGCAUUUCAAACUUUAAAAGAUGGAAAAUGUAUCCGAUCAAUAAUUGUAUUUGAUUGAUUUAUUUAUUUUGUAUGUCAUGUUUGUAUGUGUUUUUUGUUUAAAUCGAUGAAAUUAAAAA